GAUAUAUACAGAUAUAUGACUGUGUAUCAAUGUCAUGAACCGGGCCGCCGGGGGAACAAGGAAUUGAUAAGAAAUUGUUCGCCAGUACCCAUUUUAUCUGCCAAAGUUAAAUAUAGUUGAUAGGAUGUCAUCAAAUGUGAAACAUAUUAUUUUAGUAAUGUCUGGAAAAGGAGGAGUUGGUAAAUCAACUGUGAGCACCCAGUUAGCACUUGGAUUAGUAACUAAAGGAUUUCGAGUUGGCAUAUUGGAUGUAGAUUUGUGUGGUCCAUCAAUACCAUAUUUAUUAAAACUAGAAAACCAAGAGGUUCAUCAAUGUGAAGCUGGUUGGGUUCCAGUUUAUACAGACGAGUCAAAAUCUUUAGGCGUUCUUUCAAUUGGAUUCUUGACCAAAUCCAGAAAUGAUAGUGUAGUGUGGAGAGGACCAAAAAAGACUGCAUUCAUAAAACAAUUACUUUCUGAUGUUUUCUGGGAAGACGUUGAUUAUUUAAUUAUUGAUACACCACCAGGCACAUCUGACGAACAUAUAACAGUUAUGGAGAAUAUUAAAGAAGCUCCUUGUGAUGGAGCAAUACUCGUGACAACUCCACAGCAAAUUGCUUUGGAUGAUGUUAGAAAAGAGUUGUCAUUUUGUCGCAAAACUUGUAUUCCAAUAUUAGGAAUAGUUGAGAACAUGAGUGGUUACGUUUGUCCUAAUUGUGCUGAGUGUACAAAUUUAUUUUCAUCCAAUGGAGGAAAAUCUUUAGCAGAACAUUUCCAAGUUCCUUUUUUAGGAACUGUACCAAUAGAUCCAAGAGUAUCUUCCGAAACAUCAAAAUAUGUCGGUUUAACUCAUCCUGAAUCACAAAUGGCAAUAUCUUAUAACUCAAUUGUUGACCGUGUAAUUAAUCCAAACUGAUCAUCCUGAAGAAUUUUUAUACUAAAAUACAAAUUUAGUUUCAAUGUUUAUUGUAUUAAUAUAAUAUAUUAAUUGCUGUUACUAAAG